AUGUACUUCCUUAUAUAUAGAGUAUACCCCCGAAUACUGUCGGAUAAAAGUGAUAUAGUCGAGUUACCCCCAGAAAUCGACCGGGAUAAGCAAAUCCGGCGCCUCUCGGACACCCGUUCGAAAGUAAACGAACUACUACUUAUCUAUACAAUCAAAAAAUAUAAGAAUUUAAGCGCGGAGGAGCGCGUUGUGAAUUCGUAG